CGUGGCGAAAAAUACUCUUUCGGAAAGGUAGCAACCUACUUUCACGAGUCAAACAACCUGGUGACAAGGUGACAACCUCUUCGGUGCAGAAAUUAGGCAUGUGAAGCGGACUUGGUUAUACGGAAACACGUUCCCACAAAAUGGCUCAAACAAUAAUAGAAACAGACGUUCCGAACGUGGUGAAACGGCUCGCUUCUUUGAUAGAGGAAAGUGCCAACGAAGCUAUAGCCCGUGACGAUGUCUUCAAAGUUGGUUUGUCAGGUGGUUCACUGGUCAAAUUUUUAUCAGACGGCCUACCGAGCAUUUCCACGGACUGGAGUAAAUGGCGGUUUUUCUUCUGCGACGAAAGGGUAGUUGCGUUUGACGAUGUCGAGUCAACAUAUGGAAUAUACAAAUCAAAUUUGGUAGGCAAACUACCGAUAACCGAGGAUCAAUUCAUCAAAAUAAAUCCGAGUCUUUCGGCUGAAGAGGCGGCUAAAGAUUACAUACAAAAGAUGUCCGUCUACUUCCCUCCGGACACAUUACCAAAGUUCGACGUUUUGCUGCUGGGAAUGGGACCGGACGGUCACACGUGUUCGCUGUUUCCCGAACACCGUUUAUUGGAAGAAACGAGUGUUUGGGUGAGUUCGAUCACCGAUUCCCCAAAACCACCACCGUCCAGAAUCACCCUUACUUUUCCAGUCAUCAAUUCCGCAAAGACUUGCAUUUUUGCUGUCGCUGGGGAAGGAAAAGCCGACAUGGUCAAGCGUAUCCUGGUGGAAAAGGAAAAUCUGCCAGCCACAAGAGUACAACCGACCAACGGAACGUUAUACUGGAUUUUGGACAAGGGAGCAGCUAAAUAUAUUCCAACGUCCUAAAAAUUGGCUAGUGAAUUUUCAAAUCUCCUGAUUCGUCCUCGAAAGAGUUAUGAUCAGGAACAUAUGGACUUGAAUGGUCAUUCCGUGUAAUUGUUAGUUAAUGGAUAAAAGUAAUAUAUUUAAAAUCUGAAUGAUCAGAUCGAGAUUAGAGGCGUGGAAAAUUUUUAAACGCGUGCGAAAGUAUGUAUUGUGAGAGAAAAACAAGAAAAAAAAAUCCUAUCGUGAACGACUGUAAGUCUGAUUUUCACUUUGGCCUUGAGUCGCGGCUCAAUUCGACUCUUAUAAACGUGUAAUAAACUGAUUCUCGUCUACUUCACGACGUGAUUGGACCAUUCCGAAUAAUAUUAUUGUAACAAAUGUUGAUUAUUAAACUAAAAGGCAAAAACAACAUCUUACGAGUUAAUUUUUCACCUUCGUAUUUUUAAAAGACGGUUCGCAAUAAUCGGACAAACUCAAAAAUGAUAAAACAGGUUUAUAUAAUUGUAAGAAACACUGUAUUUGGUUAAAGGAUCACAAAAGACAAUCUUUGGUGAUACCAAUGCAAUCGGUAGAAGUUUCAAUAGUAUUGUAUUAGCAAUAAUAUUAAUAAAGAGAGAAAGAGAGAGACCAUGUAUUUAAAUAAUUAAAUAGAUAAUUAACGAUUCAAAAGUACAUUUUUGUUUUUUCGUCUGCUUUGCAGAUAGAAGAUCACAUUUAUAUGUAGUUAAUAAUAUAUCGUACGGUAUAAAUAGAUAUAAUUACGAGUGAAAACUGGUGCCUGCAGCUUCCCCCAAGGAACUGACUCUAGUAUGAAAAAAAAAUAAAAUAAUAACAAAUAACUAAAAAAUUACAUUUGCUCAUAGAAAAAAGACAUCUGAUUAUCCAAACACAUGAAUCAAUUCGAAGCUGUGAUAACAAUACGUUCUAUCCAAUGAGAGAGAGAGAGAGGGAUUGGGGGGGUAAAAUUAGUCAAAAAAUUUCGAUCUAUAUUCGCACCGUUUCUUGGGUAGUCAUGUAUCAUCAGUCCCACAUGGGUAAUAGUACAUUAUAGGACUUUAUUUCCGACUCAACCGUAAAGACCACUUUUCAUUCCGCAUUUUCGGGAGUAAAUGUACUUUCGUUCCGCUAAUUCACUUUUUGCCCCGCGAAAUUUACUUUCCUUCGUAAAAUGCGGGAAGAAAAGUAUAGUAGGCAAUCAGAUUUAACUUUAGUCCCGCCUUUCAGGUAAA